AUGGCUGCUCCCGUCAGCGCCGUCGCCGCAGGAUCGGCCACCGUCACCUACUCCCCGGCGCUCCGGGUCCAGGGAAUGGAUGCAGUGUCGUUUCGGGUAUCGGCAUCUUUCAAUUUCCCCAGGCAAAGAGCAAACUUUCAAUCAAUUCGGGCGCGGCGGAUUCCAAAGCGCUUUCAGGUGUCAUGUUCGGCUAAACAAGAAACUGUUGACAAGGUUUGUGAAAUAGUGAAGAAUCAGUUAGCUCUACCCGAAGACACCACUGUAAUAGGAGAGACAAAGUUUGUAGACAUUGGAGCUGAUUCACUUGACACGGUUGAAAUUGUGAUGGGCCUUGAGGAGGCAUUCCAAAUCAGCGUGGACGAAUCGAGUGCUCAAGAGAUCCAGACGGUGGAGGAUGCUGCUGCUCUCAUCGACAAGCUUAUCACGGAGAAGGAUGCUUAA